AAUGCUGGGUUCUUUUCAGCAUGCCUUACCUGAAUCAUAUUCUUGCUCACCCUCUGAGUUUAAACUAGAUGGAGACUACAUACUGGGAGGCCUUUUCGACAUUCAUCAUCGCAACAGCUCAGUUGUUUACAACCGACCGGUGAUUGUGGAUUGCUCUCGACAGUCGUUUACCUUGUCAAGUUAUCGGAUGUUUCAGGUGAUGAGGUUCGCUGUACAAGAGAUCAAUAACUCCAGCCUCAUCCUGCCCAAUGUAUCGCUCGGUUAUGAGAUAUUCGACCACUGCUCAGACAAAUUCAACUUUCAGUCAAUCUUAAAUAUGAUCUCCAGAAAUGGAUCAAUUCAAGUUCGGAGGUGUGUCAACAAGUAUCUGUCCAAAGUCAUAGCUGUGGCCGGUCCAUUUAGAAGCAUGGAGUCCAUGACUGUUGCGCCCUUGUUUGCGAUGAAUCUAAUUCCCAUGGUAAAUUAUGGGUCCUCCAGUUCUGUUCUAAGCGACAAGUGGAAAUAUCCCUCAUUCCUGCGAACCACAGCUAGUAACAAAGACUUAAUACAUCUGAUCAUUCUGAUUAUACAGCACUUUAAUUGGAACUGGGUUGCAUUUGUCAGCAGCGGCGAUGAGAACAGUCAAAAUGGCCUACAGCUGUUCAAAAGCAAGCUGAAAGACACUAAGAUCUGCUUGGCUUAUGCAAAAGAGCUCAAUGAAAUGUCUGAUCACUAUGAAAUACUUCAACAGUUAGAGGGUCUUAGCAUAGAGGUCAUUAUAGUUUUUGCCGGGCAGGGCAGCGCUGUUGCGUUCAUUAAAUCGGCAAUCAAGCACAACAUACAAAACAAAGUGUGGAUUGCAGGCGACAGUUGGUCCUUGAACAAGAACCUCCCCAGAUUGAGUGGAAUCAAGGCGAUUGGCACCAUCAUUGGAAUAACAGAGACAGUGAUGCCAUUACCUGGGUUUAAGGAUUUUGUCUAUUUGUCCCAAACACAAAGGAAUAAUAGUCCUACAACCUGUGAACAAACACCAUCCAGACAAACAUGCAAUCAAGCUUGUGACCUCUGUAGUGAUGUGAGCCCAGAAGAGAUCAUUGGUGAAAACCCAUCAUAUUCUUUCGCAACUUACUCUGCCAUUUAUGCUAUGGCCCACGCGUUACAUAAGUUGUUACUAUGUGACAUUAAGGGAUGCAGUGACAAUGUAACUGUGUAUCCAUUUAUGCUUCUCCAAGAAUUAAAGAGGUCAAAUUUCACAAUAUUGAACCGGCAUAUUGAGUUUGACAUCAAUGGAGACCCGACAUCUACUUCUUAUGCUAUUGUUUUCUGGAACCAGAGUGGCCAGGCCGAGAAAGUGGGCUCUUAUGAAACUGAUCCAACAGUUGCCGUUCCCUUCUCUAUCAACAACACUAAAAUUCACUGGUAUGCUGACCAAGUGCCUGUCGCACGCUGUUCCCCUGAAUGUUCAGAAGGAUUUGCAAAGAAGAAAGAUGGACUCCAUCAAUGUUGUUUCCAGUGUAACAUCUGCCCUGGUAUGACUUAUGUUAACUACACAGGUAAGAGGUCCAGAGAUAAAGAGAGAAAUCUUAUUGGAUUAUGGUGUCCAUUGACACUCAUGGGGGUUAAAGUAUCCAAACCAUUGAUGGAGAAGAAAAGACGAGCGCGGAUAAAUAAAUGUUUGGACCAGUUAAAAUCUCUGCUGGAGAAUUAUUACACCAGCAAUAUUCGAAAACGCAAACUCGAGAAAGCGGACAUCUUGGAGCUAACUGUAAAACAUCUGAGAAAUCUUCAGAAGGUCCAGAGUGGAUUUUCCAUGAACUCCGAGUAUGCUGAAUACCAAGCUGGCUUCAGGAGCUGCCUAGCAGGCGUGAACCAGUACUUGGCAGACAACUCGAGUGAGAGCAGCAGUCGUUUGACCAUGCUGACGCACCUUUCAAGCAGUCUGCACUGCGCCGGAGGACAGGCUCAGAACUCCAGCACCGCGGACAGCGACACGUUUUACGCAUAA